AUGCUGCAACCACGGUUCCUCAUUCUCAAGGUUUUACCGCAAAGAAGGCUCCCGAUUACAAGCUUCCUCAAGGUUUCAGCACUGGCUCUGCAGAUUGUCUCGUCUCUGCGCACGUCCACUACAAUACCCUUCCCGGGAACCGCCACCUACACUCUCGAGCCCCCAUCCAACAGUCUCUCCUCCUACUUCUUCGAACCCAGCGACUUCUCCUCCGCGAGUGCCGUUUUCAACGCCGGCCUCUUCGCGACCCGACCUCUGCAAGACCUACCCACAGACGCCUUCCCCAGCCACGAUCAAGUCCAACUCUACUGCGCCAACGACACCGACGCCACCUGCAACUCGCUAUCCCAAGGCGACGACAAAAGCUCCGAAACCACAACAUGGGGCUACAUCGGCGCGAAUCCCGUCGCCGCGCAAAUCUACGCCUGUCCCGCCCUCCUCAACAGCACUCUCCCCCGCGACGCGCCCUCGUGCACCGGGACGCCUGGCCAGGCGACCCUGGGCUCGAAAAUUAUUGCCGAUCAAGCACCGGGGGUUACGCAGAGUCAUGAAUUGGUGGAGAAUGGGUCGGGUCAGGAGGCAUUGAAUGCGGAAAAUUUCGCGGAGCUGGCGCUUUGGGCGUUGUAUUUGGGUGCGAGCGAUUUCCACCCCCUUGGCGACCAUGACCUCUACAAGACCGGGUGCAUCUGCGAAUCCAUGGAACCAUGGUCCGGAUCGCCCAGCGCGACCACGAUAGUCGUUUAUGUUGCUUUCUUUUGCGUCGGGCUUGCUACCGCUCUUGUCUGA